AUGCCCCCCAUGAGCUCCUCUACGAAAGAACGAGGAGUCCGUCGUGAAGGAUCCCUCCGAUUGAUGCAAGUGUUUGGCGGUGGCAAAAAAGAGGGUCCCUUGUACGGCAACAAAAAACGCAGCGAUGACGACGAGGAAGACGAAGAAGAAACAGCAACGGUGGAUCUGUCAGAAGAGCAGUCGAUUUCGAUACUGAACGAGAGCGUCGUGUCAUCCUCCCAACCAAGUAGACUGCGUCGCAACAAGAGCAAAGACAAUAAUAGUCGGUCGGCACUACUGAAUGCUUCCGUGGCAACAACAGAUGAUGACAUGGAUCGAUCCAUUACUUCCAGUGCGUCUCGUCGCAGUGCCGGUUCAUCGCGAGUCGGUCGUCAUCGCUUGACAUCUUCCACUCGAAAGAGUAUUUCGCAAGACUCUGCUUUGGGAUUGAGCGCCGCGUUGACCAAGGCGAUCAAUGGAUUUCAUGGAGACGGUGAUGACGAGGAAGAUGAAGAAGAAGAUUUACUCGACGAACAACCAGCCGACAAAAAAGAAAAACCCAGACGACGACAAUCCAGACUACUUUCCGAUCGAGUGAGAAGUAGUCGACGAUCGGUGGCCGACAGUAGUACCGUCGGUGGUUCCACAGUCAGUGGAAAUACAGUCGCCAGUGCCGAAUCGAACAACACCAGCAGCAAUCGACGAAAGCAAAUGUCUUCCUCCAGCAGUCGUCGGCACAAUUCCAUGCGCAUCUCCGAUCGAGGACGCAGCACGCACGACAAACCACAUCGCACCCGAUCCGACGACAAGGGAAAACGCUCCACAUCCGGUCCUCGUCGCACCAAAUCCAAUCAAAAAGUAGUGGGCAGCAAGAGCACCAGUACUCACAAUUCCAUGGAUGCCGUCUCGAUCGCAUCCAGUAGUCAACAAUCGUUUGGUCCCCAACGACAACACUCUUCCGGUGGUGGUGGUCCCCAACGAACAGCCUCUGGACGCAGGCUCCGAAGCAGCAAAAGCAGCAGUGGCAUGGAUUCCAGUAGCAAAUCCAACAACAACAACAACAAUAAUGAUCAUCAACGACGACGACGUGGCACGCGACGCAGCAAAUCCAAUACACGCGCAACACGUAAAUCUUCUUGUGUUACGGACGAAAAAAUCAAUGAACAACGCAAAGCCGCGGCAUUGGCGGCUGCCAAAGCGGCCGAAGCCCUGCGCAAAGCCACGGAUCAUUUGCGCAAACUCGAAGCCAGUGCGAAUAAUAAUCUGCAAACGACAACCACUGAUGCCAAGGCCAAGAAAUCCCGCAAAGCCGCGGCCGUGGCGGCUGCACAAACGGCCACCGUCAAACAGCACUCCAAAGCCGUCGGUGUCGCGGCCGCACAAGCCGCCAAAGACAAGCAACGAUCCAAAGCCGUCGGUGUGGCGGCGGCGCAAGCGGCCAAAGACAAACAAAAAUCACGGCGCAAAGCUGCCAAUGAAGCACCCUUACGACGAACGUCGUCGCGACAACAAGGUGGAAUGAUGAGUUCCUCCUCCCGCGAUCACUUGCGACAAAGCAGUGGUACGGAACAUCACAAACGACACCUGCACAAUUCCAAGAAAAAACUCAGUAGUAGUUAUCAAGAUCGACAUGGCAGUGUUCGGCGAUCCGAAGGCAAGGCGGCUACCAAACAAUCGAUAAAGUCGCGAAAAGGCAGUACCACUUCCAGUCAAGAUGGAGCCCUGUCCAGUUCGCGCGAACAACAACAACAAUCCGCAUUGCCGAAUGCCAACAAGCCCAAAAAGGAUCCUGCCAAAAAGAGCCAACGAGAAGGCUGGAAUAGUAGUUUCAUGGUGGUGGGCAAUGCUAGCAACAUCAACAAUAGCAACAGCAACAAUGAUGAUGAGCUCUACCAUCCGGACGAUUCGCACAUGCUCGUGGGGAGUGCCGAAUUCAAUGCUCAUUUUGAUGACGAGUCGAUUCACUCGGACCUUUCCGACAGUCACGGAUCCUUGGAAUCGGAAGAAGAGUCGGAGGAGGAAGAAGAUGAAAUGAGCAGUUGUGAGGAAAGCGAGGACGACAACGACGACAACGACAUUGACGCCUUUGCCAAUUUUGGAGACGCUGCCAAGGAGUUUGCAAACAACGACAAGAACUAUGUCACCACAGACGACGAUGAAGAGUUUGGUUUUGACGAUGACAAUGACAGCUUUUUGAAUGGUGACAACCAAAAUUUGGGUGAUGUGCUACAAUUUGACCCAUCACAGAUUGGCAUGGUACAGAGAGUCAAACAGAUAUCCACGGAUAAGAAGGGGUAUGAAAUCAACGGACAGCAUGGGCAGAUUGCGGAAAUUGUAGAUCCUGUCAGCAACCUUCAAGAUAUUAGCAAAUCGGGCCCCUUGUUCAAUUUGUUUGACGACGAGCCCAACUUUGGAGACGAGGCCCCCUUUUCGGCUCCAUCGUCAUCCCAUCGACAACACCCCUCAUCACCGACAAAGCAGCAACCGUCGAGAUGUGACGAAAGUGAACAACAUUCUCCUGUGAGUCAUCGAAGGAAAUCCCUCUUUCGACGGCAAGGCCGGAAGGAUGACAAUGGCGAUGAGAGCGAGGAGGAAGGUAGCAUGCGCGGUAGCUUGCGAAGAGAUUUCAUCAGUCCCGCCAAGUUGGGAUACGAGAAUCAUUCCGAUUUCAAGUCGCCUCCUUCCAAAGAAAAGAAAUCGAUCGCGUCCAAGGCAUCGGGAUACCUGCGAAACAUGAUGGGUGCUUCUCACUCGGAAAUUGGAGAUAUGGAUGAUGACAAGUCGCAGGUCUCUCAUCGAUCGAGUGUUUCAAACCGAUCCAGCAAAAGCGCUCGAAAAUCCAUCAAAAAACUGUUCGGGAACAAGAACAAAAAUAGAGGAACCUUGCUGCAAGACGAGGACAUGAGUUCAGACGAGGAAGAAGACGAUAUGCUCUUCUAG